GGCCAGUGCAGAACCACGGCUUUUUAACUGAAAGCUGCGAUGGCAAUCAUUCCUGCGUCCUGCAAGUGCCACCUGUUACCGCUGCUGCAGCCACCCCAGCGCCUCCCUUCUCCGCCCUACGCGUGGCCUCGACCUGCGGUGACUGCGCCGAUUUCGCGGAGAUUCGCACGUUUGACGGCGGCGGCUAUAUCCACGAUGUCGCCGGAGGACGCGUCGCUGAAGAAGGGCAUAGCGGAGCUUUACGACCAGUCUUCCGGCUUGUGGGAGGACAUCUGGGGUGACCACAUGCACCACGGCUUCUACGAGCCGGACUCCGCCGCUUCAGAUGCCGACCACCGGUUCGCUCAGAUCCGAAUGAUCGAAGAGAGCCUCCGGUUCGCCGGAGUUUCCGAGGAGGGAGAGAAGAGGCCAAAGAGAGUGGUGGAUGUGGGCUGUGGGAUUGGAGGGAGCUCAAGGUACUUGGCUAAGAAGUAUGGGGCCAGUUGCCAAGGGAUUACUCUCAGUCCCCUCCAAGCUCAAAGGGCUCAGACUCUUGCUGCAUCCCAAGGUUUGGCUGACAAGGUAUCUUUCCAAGUUGCAGAUGCUCUGGAUCAACCGUUUCCUGAUGGACAAUUUGAUCUGGUUUGGUCCAUGGAGAGUGGAGAACACAUGCCUGACAAAAAAAAGUUUGUUAGUGAGUUGGCUCGAGUUGCAGCCCCAGGUGGCACGAUAAUACUUGUAACAUGGUGCCAUAGGGAUCUCUCCCCUUCUGAAGAAUCCUUAAAGCCAGAGGAGAAAGCACUCUUGGACAAGAUUUGCAGUGCUUAUUAUCUUCCAGAUUGGUGUUCUACUACUGAUUAUGUCAAAUUACUCGAGUCUCUAUCUCUUCAGGAUAUCAAGGCUGCAGAUUGGUCUGAUUAUGUUGCACCCUUUUGGCCAGCAGUGAUACGCUCUGCUUUGACUUUCAAGGGCUUCAUAUCACUGUUACGCAGUGGAUGGAAAACCAUAAGAGGAGCAUUGGUGAUGCCAUUGAUGAUCCGAGGGUACAAGAUGGGCCUGAUUAAGUUUGCUAUCAUUACAUGUCGAAAGCCCGAAUGAGUUACACAUUUGGAAAAAUGUAAGAGUAAAUGAUGAGAAACCAAUAAAGGAGCAUAACCGAUGCCCUGAUGAUCGAAGGAUAUAGGAUGGGUUUUGCUACCAUAACAGGUCACAAGCCUGGAGUAAUAUGUCUCAUGUUGGAAAAAUGUGAGAGUACUAGUUAUUGUUGUCGAUGCUUUAUUUCACACUCUUUUCCAUAUUUGAUUUGGACAUGACUUGCCCUUUCCCUCCCCUAAUUCAUUUUAAUAAGUUGAACUUGUCAUUGGUAAGUCUUUUGUUUGUAACAGUUUUUCUUGGAAAUUUCUUAGAAUGCUCCUUUUUGAAACACAAAAAAUGAGCUCUGUCUAGUGGUGCCAGACAGAAAGGGAAAUUUCAAACUUCCCUCUGAACCUCAUGAUUCUGAUUGAAUAUACUAUUAGUAGGUUGUUUUACCAGC